GCGGGGGGGAUGAUCACAGGGAGAAAAAGAGCUAGGUUAGAGACGAGCUACACUCAACAACAGCAGCUCUCUCUCUGCGAAAACCACUUUUAUUAACCCGCAUCCUACAUCCACCGGAGGGGAAUACGGACUUUAUAACCGCUCAUCAUUUUCACAUAAAUGUUUCUAUGGAUUACUAAUACCCUUUCGUCGAAAAACGGGAGUGUUUCUCAACUUGACAGCAUAGACUCGGAUUCCUUGCACUGGUCGCCCAGAGGACUCAUAGAGAGAUGAAGACUCUGGAGGAGCCCCCCUACCUGACGGUGGGGACGGACGUGAGCGCCAAGUACAGAGGGGCUUUCUGCGAAGCCAAGAUUAAGACCGCCAAGAGGCUCGUCAAGGCCAAAGUGACCUUUAAAUCCGACCUGUCCACAGCUGAAGUCCACGAUGAGAACAUCAAAGGACCUYUAAAGGUGGGUGUUGUCGUGGAAGUGAAGAAUCAGGACGGAGUUUACCAAGAGGCCACGAUUAACAAGCUGACCGAUGCCAGUAUUUACACAGUCGUUUUCGACGACGGAGACGAGAAGACCCUGAGGCGUUCGUCUCUCUGCCUGAAAGGAGCGCGUCACUUCGCAGAGAGCGAGACGCUCGACAGGCUCCCUCUCACCAACCCCGAGCACUUCGGCACGCCUGUCAUCGGAAAGAAAGGAAACCGCGGCCGACGAUCGAACCCAGUCCAAGAAGAGGAGCUCUCCUCAUCCUCCAGCGAGGAAGAGGAGAGCGAUCAGCGGCCGAAUGAAGAUCUGUUCGGGAAGGUGGUGUGUGUGGAGGGGGCCGCCGCCGCCGCUGCUGACAAAAAGAAGAUGACGUGGUAUCCUGCUCUGGUCAUCUCCCCAGACUGCCACGAGGACGUGACCGCCAAGAAGGACAACGUCUUUGUGCGCUCGUUCAAGGAUGGAAAGUUCUACACAGUGCUGCGGAAGGACGUCCGCGAGAUGAGCAGCGACUGUCCUCCGAAAGCCGAGGCGGGGCUCAAACCAGCGCUCGAUGCAGCCCUGGAGUUUCAGCAGAAGCAGCUCGUCCCCGGCUCCUGGAAAACUGAAGUGAAAGAGGAAAGCUCCAGCAGCGAGGAGGAGGACGAGGACGAGGAAGAGGAGCAGGAAGAGGACGCCAGCGGUGAAGAGGAGGAGGAGGAGGUGGAGCCGUUCCCGGAGGAGAGGGAGAACUUCCUGCAGCAGCUCUACAAGUUCAUGGAGGACCGAGGAACUCCCAUCAACAAGCGUCCGGUUCUGGGCUAUAGGAACCUGAACCUGUUCAAGCUCUACAGGCUGGUUCACAAACUGGGAGGUUUUGACAACAUUGAAAGCGGCUCCGUUUGGAAGCAGGUCUACCAGGACCUGGGCAUCCCUAUUCUCAACUCAGCUGCUGGCUACAACGUCAAAUGUGCUUACCGCAAGUAUUUAUAUGGCUUUGAGGAUUACUGUACCUCCACUGCCAUCACUUUCAAGAUGGACCUGCCUUUGAAGCAAAGUCCAAAGAGAGAGGUGAAGUCCGAGGAGGAGGGAGGAGCAGGAGCAGCUCCUCCUGCGUGCAGCUCAGAGGAGCAGAAGACCCAGCUGGAUGGAGAACUUUGCAAUGCACCGUCCACCAUCUGCAAGGAAGAAAAACCUGACGUGCCUCAAAACAAAACGGAGUCCGAGUCGUCGAAAUCUGAACGGAAAGACGGCGAGGAGGACGACGUGGAAGACGGCGGUCUCUCGAAGGGAAAUGCGGAAGAGGGGUCGUCGACGUCUCUCCUCGGACCGAACGAUGUCAAACAGGAGGAGGACGAGGAGCAGGAGAGCAAGGACAACUCCGGGGAUGACAGCAGUCAGGAGGGGGAGGAAGGGGAGGAGUUUGAGUGUUACCCCCCGGGGAUGAAGGUGCAGGUGAGGUAUGGGCGAGGCCGCAAUCUGAAGACGUACGAGGCCACUGUGAAAGAGGCAGACGUGGAGGGGGGAGAGGUGCUCUACCUGGUGCACUACUGUGGCUGGAACAUCAGAUACGACGAGUGGAUCAAGGCGGACAAGAUCGUGCGCCCCGCCAAUAAGAACGUACCGAAGAUAAAGCACCGCAAAAAAAUAAAGAACAAAGUGGAGCGGGACCGGUUGGAGAGGCUCGGCGACGGGGAGGUCCUCGGACCCUCGUCCAACGCCAACCGUGUCCCGCGCUCCAAAUGCGGCCUGAGUCAGGACGUGUUCUCCAAGACAGACGAGGACGAGGACAAGGGGCAGUCUCCGGUCAAGUCCAUAGAAAUUACCUCCAUCCUCAAYGGCCUGCAGGCCUCUGAGAUGUCCACGGACGAAAGCGAGCACGAGGACGAGGAAGGGGACGACGUCAAAGAACCGAGCGUCAGGAAAGGCGAAACCGAGCCGCCCCAGAUAGAGCGCUGGGAGAGCGGCGCUCCCUCCGAAGGGUCCAAACCGGUUUCGGGGCGGAGCCAGGAAGCGGCGAUGGCGGAAAGCGCCGAAGCUUCGAAGCGAAGGGUGCCGCCGGACGCAGAGGGAGAGGCGAGCACCAGGAAGAGGAAAUCAGACGGUGCUGCUGAGAGGAUCCCUAAAAGACAAUCCAAAGCUAAGACCCGGAACACCCGGAGCGCGGACUGGUUACCCGGCGGCUUGCCCCGGAAGCUGGAGGAGCGGGGAGCCGGUCCUGGAGGGGAGAGGGGGGCGUCGUCCAGCAGCAGCUCGGAUGAUGAAAGCUCGGCGCUGACAGAGAACCUGACUGGAGAAACCGAGCGAAGCCGCCCCAAAACCAAAGGUUCAUCCUCAAAGAAGUACAACGGGCUGAAGGAGAAACCCGGGAGGCAAGGUGGCUUCUGGGAGAUUCCUGAAAAACGGGCCAAAGUGUCCGGGAACGCAGAGGACCGGGCUUUGGUUCGCCCCAAAGGACAGAAGGAUGUGUGGUCCAGCAUCCAGGCCCAGUGGCCCAAGAAGACUCUCAAAGACUUGUUUUCGGACUCGGACACAGAGGCUACCAAUUCGCCUCCCCCACCGGUGCCGUCCCGUCUGGAUGAGCCCGGUGAGGAGGAGGAGGCUGGACCCGACGAYGAAGCCUCCGAGGAGCAGAUGGAGAAGCUUCAGGAGUUUCCGAGCAGCAGAAGUAACUCGGUGCUCAACACGCCGCCGACCACGCCCGAGUCUCCCUCGGGUGGGGGGAGCACCGCGGAGGACCUGAGCCAGGCGCAGCCCUCCUCCCCGCCGCCGUCGCCGCCCCCCGCCCCGCCCUCGGAGCCGGCUCCUGAGGCCGAGCCCCGGGGUUCCGCGCAGGAGGAGGCGGCGGGCGGGCGCAGCGAGACGGACAGCAGCACUGUGGAGGUGGAGAGCCUCGGCGGCGAGCUGCAGGAGCUGCCGCAGGACGACAGGGUGGCUUCCCCCUCCAAGGUGUUCCACGUCAGCCUCUCCUGCAGCAGCAGCACUGAUCUGGAAAAGAUGAGCAGCCUGGAGAGGAUUUCGUUUCUUCAGGAGAAACUUCAAGACAUCAGGAAUCACUACCUCUCCCUCAAGUCUGAGGUGGCCUCCAUCGACAGGAGGAGAAAACGCAUGAAGAAGAAGGAGCGGGAAAGUGCAGUGGCGGCCUCCUCUUCCUCCUCCUCCUCCUCCUCCUCGCCGUCGUCGAGCUCGCUGACGGCGGCCGUCAUGCUGACGCUCGCAGACCCUCCGGUGUCGUCCUCGUCCUCCUCGUCUCAGAACUCGGGCGUGUCGGUGGAGUGCAGGUGACAGGACGAAGCAGCAGGAAGCAAACCGCACUGAGCACUUAACCAGCAGCCCGGGGUCACCGGACGGACGAGUCGACCCGACAACACUAACCGCUGGGGCACAAAAAAAAUCAAAAAUCAAAACAGACUCAAGACUCUAACACGAAACAAGCACUAUUUUCUACUGACAACUGUUUCCUUGGCAAGCUAACGGCACUUAAGUGCACUUUUUACGACGAUUGUGUAAGGGGAUAUAAUUUGUCAAAAAAAUCCUACAGAUUUGUCUAAUUUUACUUUUGAUUAAUUGAACAUUUCCAACGUUUGCUUUUCUUUUUUUAAUUUUUAGCAAGCAAUAACUGUUUCCAUUUAAUAAUACCGGUACAGGGGAUCCUUUCAACGCGGCUCAGUACGUGUUUACCGUGUUACUGCUAAAGCUACUCGCCGCAAAGAAUGAAACUAAGAAAAGAUCUUCCUGGACUAAAGUUUAGGGUUAACUUAUUCRCGUAAACACGUACCAACGCAUCAAAAAAUAUUGUUUUGACUCAUCUGUUCAUGAUUUGCAGCGAGUACCUUUACCCAKACAAGUUCUAACAUUAGAUGAUUUUAAUAAACAUUUACUUCAAAUGUAAAAAACAAACACUGCAAAAAUACUGUAGGCUGUUUAGUUUUUUAAAUUUAAAAUGUCACACAGACAGCCACAGUUUAUUAACUGUCUUUGUUUUACAGCUGAAGUUAAGGUUUACUAGAACUAGUCGGGGUUCCCGUUCAGAAGAAAAAUUGUCACGUUUGCGUAGAAAAAGGCGGUAACUUUGCCACAUUUCUCCGUAAAGCCUUCAUACGGUUAAACCCAAAUAACGUAGCGUCUUAUGGCAAGAUGGAGGUUUCAAACCAACGUUUUGGUCCUUUUUUAUUUUUUUAACCUCGGCGGAUGAACGUGGAACGAUACUGUAGUGCCUUUUGUUUUUUCUCCGCGGGGGACAAAACCUUUUCUUUUCUUUUCCCGAUCCUUCGGCUCAAACCUGGAAUUACGUGUCCCCGUUUAUUUUWAAAAAGACUGAUGAAUGCUGUGAGCGAGCAGGAAGUGAAGGGCUACGUCUGAGUCAGAGAAGCCGAACUCGUGUCCUGGAUCGCCUACUACUGAGUUCUCAUCCAGCUUCGGUAUUUACUGUCCACAUUGGCAGUAACACGUGUGCAAUGAUAAAAGUGAUGAACGAUCACGCAAUUUUGCUUUUUAACCUGCGUUUUUUAUCCUAUAAUGUUUUCACGACCCGUUUAAAUCCCCGUCCAGUCACUGAUGACGUCAAUAACUGGAGCAGAUCAUUACUGCCAUUACAAAAAGCAGAAACRAGAAGUUCUGAGGUAUUUUUCUCAUCCCCACCUGACCUGUUUUCUGUACUAUUACCGGUUUAAAGGUAGAGAUAUUGUAAAUGUGCAUUUAUAUCAUAAAGUGAUGUACGUGUAAAACAUUUCUGAAGACAUCUCYGGUGUUUUCCUUUGUAUAGACCCUCUAUACUGUACAAAAAAMCCCCGAAGUUACGUUUUGUUCGGCACUUGUAUGUAAUUGUAUGCUUUUGUUAUACAUUUGUAUAUUGAGAAGUGUUUUGAGUCAAGCUAUUUAAUAUCUUGCACUGUUAAUAUUAUGUACUUUUUCUGUACAGACAGUUUUAACUGUAGUUUGAAUGGAAAAACUGAGGGUUUCAGCGUUUUACUCUUCAUUUUUUAAGUUCCUUUCUGUUUUUGUUCGAAUCCCAAUCAUUCUUUUUGAUCCCCUCCCCCUUUUUUAUUUCCUGUUUGCAUUAGUUUGUAUUCUAUUUUAUUCUUUUCAUAGUUUUACGUUUGUUGAAUGGUUGUGCUGAAUGCCACUCGGCUGUUUUCCAACCACAAACACCUGAAUCUGAAGCUGUAUGAGCCUGAAUGUGGAAAACAGUGAGCAGCACAGAUUUAGAAAGAGAAAUGGAGCUUACUGAGGGGAAAAUAGUAUUUAUUAGGCUCAUCUGAUGAUGGUCAUUGUGUAAUUUAUUGUAAAAAUGUAAGCAAAGCAGAAGCCUCUGUUUGAAAUAAAUGCCAUAGUUUGUGAA